AUGCCUAAAAACAUAGAUGAAAUGCUUCCCAAUUUACGACUCUUGGAACUCGCUUCAAAUUUUAUAACUGGUAGGAUCCCCCCUUCCAUUGGAAUGCUAAAAAACUUGGAAAUUCUUAUUUUGAGAAGCAACAGCCUAUUUGGGGAACUCCCUCCUCAUUGGGAGGAUUUGUGGUCGUUAAAUUUAUUGGAUGAACAAUUCCCUUUAAUCUGGAGGAAUUGCACAAAAUUGGCAAACCUUGAUCUUGGAGGAUACAAAUUCUAUGGAAACCUACCAACAUGGAUAGGAGGGAGCGUAUCAUCAUUAUUGAGGUUAAGCCUAAGAUCCAACUUGUUUGUUGGGGACAUUCCUCAACAAUUGUGUCUUCUUUCAAAUCUUCAAAUUCUGGACCUCGCACAAAAUGAUUUGUCUGGAGCAAUCCCAUCAUGUUUAGGGAAUAUGAGCAAAACUGAUCAAAUCACUCUUUCAAAUGUUUAUGAGCAGAUGGUGGUAUUUACUAAAGGAAGAGAAUAUGUGUAUGAAACUACUAUUUAUCUUGUCCAUUCCUUAGACCUAUCAGGAAAUAAUCUGUCAGGAGAAAUACCUGAUAAUAUAACAAGCCUCUUAAAAUUGGGCAUCGUGAAUCUCUCUAUGAAUCACUUGACAGUAAAAAUUCCUGAGAGCAUUGGAAACUUAAGAAGUAUGGAAUCACUUGAUCUCUCAAGAAACCAACUUUUUGGUCCCAUUCCUCAAAGCUUGUCAUCCUUGACAUUCUUGAGUUACUUGAAUUUGUCAUUUAACAACUUGUCUAGAGAAAUUCCAUCUGAGAAUCAACUUCAAACCAUCAAUGACCCGUCCAUCUACGAAGGUAAUUCUUUACUCUCUGGACCUUUUCUUUCAACAAGGUGCCCUGGGGAAGAUGCUGAUCCUGAAGCAAAACCCAAUGGAGGUGGUAAUAUAGGAGCAGAUAAGAAUGAUGAAGACAGACCUGAGUCACUAUCGUUCUACAUUAGCAUUAUAGCUGGCUUUAUUUUUGGGUUUUGUGGAGUUUGCGGAGCACAGUUGUUAAAACAUCAUAGAGGCAAGCUUACUUUCAAAUCUUUAAUCAUUUGA